AUGAGGAAUGCGAACAAUCCAUACAUUUUGAAGAUCUAUGAAGUUGUUGAAGAUCAAAAAUACAUUUACAUAGUAGAAGAGUAUGUAUCUCAUGGUAACCUUCUUGACUAUUUUAACAAAAGAAACACGAUCUCAUACUCAUUGAUCAAGAAAUUCGUUUCACAGAUCAUUUAUGCCACAAAAUAUCUCAACGAAGUCCUUCAUGUAACGCACAGAGACCUUAAACUUGAAAACAUACUUCUCGACGAAUACGAGAAUAUCAAGAUUAUUGAUUUUGGACUUAGUUCUAUACAUCGUCACAGAGUAAAGAUGCAUAAGCUCUGUGGAACACCGGAGUAUAUUGCCCCUGAAGUGAUACAAAACUCUUCCUACACUGAUAAUAUCGAUACAUGGUCAAUUGGAAUUAUUUUGUACGCAAUGACACACAGAUGCUUGCCGUUCGAUGGAAAAACGACGCAAGAAAUAUUCACAAACGUUGUUCGUUGUGAUCCGCAAUAUGAUAAUGAUAUUCCUGCGGGCUUAUUAAAGACCCAUCUAAGAGAAUCGGAUUGA